ACCCACCACUGUUCUUCAGCAGUAUUAGUACUACAAGGCAAAGCAGUUGUAACAGCACCAGGGAGCUUCCAUUGCAGACACGGAUAUCACUACGCCGAGUGUUGUAUAAACACAGCAGGGAAAUAAAAAUUACCACAUCCUCAAAGAGAUCGACGCAAUUAUUUUGUUGUUCCAGUAUGAGGAUCCCAAGGCACUCUGCAGUUAAAUCUCUCAGGAAGACUGCAUUUCCAGCCUUGUUUUACAGAUGGGAAACGUGAGGAGGACUGGGCACAGUAGCACAACACAAUGAAUUAUGCUUGCUCUCUGAAAGUGGACAUACUCAGAGUACUGGACUGAAAGCUCGCUGAGGUUCCCUUUUUGCAGAAGUUAUCACUAAAGGUGGGGACUCAAAGAGAACACUUUGCAAUGACAAAAUUAACAGGGCUGGAAAUCGACGUUUGGAGAACAUGGUAUACGCUCGUGCUGGCACUACGUCUGAACACCGCUGAGGAUUUCCAGUGGACAAAGAAUAAUCCCAGCUCCUUCUACUACGGCACUUUUCCAGCUGGCUUCUCAUGGGGCGUUGGAAGUUCUGCAUAUCAGACUGAAGGGGCCUGGAACGUGGACGGGAAAGGACCAAGUAUCUGGGAUGCUUUUACUCACACAAAAGGGAAAGUGUUCAGAAAUGAAACAGGAGAUUCAGCAUGUGAGGGCUACUACAAAGUUCAGGAUGACAUUCAGUUACUGAAGGAGCUCAAAGUUAAUCACUAUCUACUCUCUAUCUCAUGGCCUCGGAUUAUGCCCACUGGCAUCAAAACAGAAUUGAAUGAGAAAGGAAUACAGUUCUACAACGACACGAUCAACAGUCUUCUGGAAAGCAGCAUUAUCCCCAUCGUGAGCCUCUACCACUGGGAUCUUCCACAGGUUCUCCAAGAAAAGUAUGGUGGCUGGCAAAAUAUAAGCAUGAUGAAUUAUUUUAAUGAUUAUGCCAACCUAUGCUUUGAGAAGUUUGGUGACCGUGUGAAACACUGGAUUACUUUUAGCAAUCCAUGGGCAGUUGCCGAGAAAGGUUAUGAAACAGGAGAGCAUGCACCAGGACUGAAGCUCGGUGGAUGUGGAGCGUACAAAGCAGCGCACCAUAUAAUUAAAACUCACGCAAAGGUAUGGCACUCUUACAACAACACGUGGCGUACUGAGCAGCAAGGCAUGGUUGGAAUUUCCCUAACUAGUGGUUGGGGUGAACCCAUUGAUCCUCACAGCCAAGCAGACGUAGAUGCUGCUGAAAGAUACAUACAGUUUCAUCUGGGAUGGUUUGCAAACCCCAUUUACAAAGGAGACUAUCCAGAAGUGAUGAAGAAUUAUGUAGGUAGGAAGAGUGCCCAGCAGGGCCUGGGGACAUCAAGGUUACCAACUUUCUCAGUGCAAGAGAAAAGCUAUAUUAAAGGCACAUCAGAUUUCCUGGGAAUAGGCCAUUUCACUACCCGCUAUGUUACACAGAAGAGCCUUCCACUUCUACGAGGGUCCAGUUACCGCACCGACCAGGAUCUGGCAGAACUGGUGGACCCAAAAUGGCCAGCGCCAGGCUCCAAGUGGCUAUACGCUGUGCCUUGGGGAUUCAGAAGAUUGCUCAACUUCAUUAAGACACAGUAUGGGAACCCUCUCGUUUACGUGACAGAGAAUGGAGUUUCAGAAAAGGCACAGUGUGCUCAGCUGUGUGAUGAAUGGCGGAUAGAGUAUCUGAAAGGCUACAUUAAUGAAAUACUGAAAGCUCUAAAUGAUGGUGUUAAUGUAAGAGGCUAUACUGCCUGGUCUCUGUUGGAUACGUUUGAAUGGAACAAAGGUUUCUCUGAAAGAUUUGGAUUUUAUCACGUUGAUUUCAAAAACAAGAACAAACCACGAUACCCAAAAGCAUCUGUUGACUACUAUAAAAAUAUUAUUAGUGCAAAUGGAUUCCCAAAUCCAAGAGAGGUGGAAAACUGGCAUCAAAAGGCCAUGGACACUUGUUCUAUCACACACCAGCUCAUUGAUGCAGAUUCCUUGGUUACUCAUAUGGAAAUGGUGACAGAGAUCGUUCUUCCUACAAUUUUCACACUCUGCAUACUCAUCAGUAUUGUCCUACUACUCUUCUUCCUUCAAAAUCAUAGCUAAAAUUGCACACUUGGACACAUCUUCAUUUUGCAUAAUACAAUGCAACUGUUUUAUUAUAUUGUUUAAAUCUUACCAUAUAAUGUACCAUUAUAAAGGUGAAGGAAUAUUACUUUACCUGUCCACAUAGCACUGCCUCUAGUUUUUUCUACUUAAUUCUCAAAACAAUUUAGAAAUUUUAUGAAAAUCCAAAGUACAUCUCUU